AUGUUAACCAGUGAAAAAGCCCAUUUUUGGUCAGGAGGAAUUUCACGAAGUACGUCUGAAGGAAAUUUGUUUGACAUGGAAGCCCAAAAAUCCUCAGAAAAUUGCAAUAUUACAGACCCAGUUUUGCCUCUCAAUUGGCCCGAUGAUUUCACACUUCAUGGCAAUAGUGCUUUCAAUGCUACGAAUCCAUUCUGGAAUGAACUGUCCGCAUCUAACCCAUUUUUGGAUGACAUAAUUCAGCUAAGAAAUAACCAGAAGAGAGAUAAUAUUUCCAUCUUGAAGGAAGAUCCUUUUCUUUUUUUUAGAGAAGUAGAAACUGGAAAUUCUUUUGGUUCUUCUGGUGAUGAACUUGAUGUGCAUCAGUUGCUUAGGCAGUCUUCCUCAAGGAAAUCUGAAAGAUCUAAAAGUGUUUCAGAACUUUUGGACAUUUUAGAUGACACAGCACAUGCCCAUCAGAAUAUACAUAACUCUGACCAGAUCUUAGAACAAGACUUAGAAUGGCUUCAAAAUGAUCCAGAGGCUUAUAAAAUGGCUUGGUUAAGUCAACACCACCUGGCCUGCUCCUGCCUAGAUUUGAAUACAAUUAAUCAGAGUCCUGGAUGGGCCCAAACACAAGUUGCAGAGACCACAAUAGUUUGCAAAUUAAACUACCAGGGAGGGUCAGUACAAUUACCUGAAUCAGAUAUCACUGUUCAUGUGCCCCAAGGCCAUGUAGCUGUGGGAGAAUACCAACGGGUAUCUCGAAGGGCUUUUCUACAUCCUCCACAGAUGCUAAACUAUGAUCUUUCAUGCACUGUAAGCCCACUGUUGGGAAUCAUGUUAGGUAACCUUAACACAAUGGAAGCCAUUUUGCUAGAGAUGAAAAUUGGAGCUGAAGUGAAAGAGGAUCCUUUCAGCCAUGUCAUGACAGAAGUGGUGUGUUUUCACAGCCUGGGUAAAGAAGGCCCUUUUAAAGUAUUAAACAAUUGCUACAUUUAUAAAGACACCAUCCAAGUCAAGCUAGUAGACUUGAGUCAGGCAAUGUAUCUAGUGGUUGCUGCACAAACUAAAGGUACUCAGUCACCAGCUGCCACCAUUUAGGAUUAUAUCCACAAAACCACCUCGGUUGGAACUUAUGGGCAUAAAUAUACCCAUCCCAGUUUCACUGCUAUUUUCACAGUUUGUGGACAUAGUUAUAUGCCAGGAAGGCUUACAAUCUCUGAUAUUAAGAAGGGUGAGAAGGGUGGGUAACACAGCAUAUCUCCAGUUGUGUUUCAGCUCUGGGGGAAGCAUUCCUUCUUACUUGAAAAGCCACAAGAUUUAAAUUCUGUCUUUUCAUGUGAUCCUGAUUUUGAAGUAAAGGUAGAAGGAAAAGGGAAAGAAAUUAAACAAAAGCAGUUGCAAUCAGGUCAAGUAGUUCAUCAACAAUUAUUAUUCUCUUUAGUUGACUCCAGAGAAAUGCACUUGUUUGUUUUCUGUGUUCAAGUGGAGCCUCCCAAUGGUAGGCCAGUUACACAGUUCUUUAUUACUGCACCUGAUCCAGCCCCAAACCUAAAAAGCCUCUCAAAUCUGCCAGGUGAUUUGCAGAAGGAGAAGGAAAUCAAGUCUGCUCCUUUAUUACCAACAGUGCAUGUUAAAUAUCCUACAUUUCAAAACAAAAAUUUGAACUUUGCCAACUAUGGGGUAACCCUGAAGACAGUGCUAAGACAAAGCAAGAUUGACUACUUACUUGAAUAUUUCAAAGGGGACACAGUAGCUCUUCUUGGAGAAGGUAAAGUAAAAGCCAUUGGACGGUCCAAAGUGAAAGAAUGGUAUGUGGGAGUCCUGAGAGGUAGGAUUGGACUUUUACAUUGCAAAAAUGUCAAGGUGAUUGAAAAGGAACAAGUAAUGUCUAUGUCAGAUAAUGUCUUCAAAACCAGGAAUCUUCUUGAACAAAUUACCCUGCCUGUUAAAAAAAUGACUUACAUCUACUCAGUUGUAUUGACCUUGGUGUCAGAAAAAGUUUACGAUUGGAAAGUUUUAGCUGAUGUCCUAGGUUACUCACAUCUGGCACUGGAAGAUUUUGAUUGAAUACAAGCAGACAAAGAAUCAGAAAAAGUUUCUUAUGUUGUAAAGAAGUUAAAGGAAGAUUUUCAUACAGAUAGAAAUACCAGGAAGUUUCUUUAUGAACUUACUGUGGCUCUGCUGAAGACUGAUUGCCAGGGGUUAGUAGCACAUCUCGUCCAAGAGGCUGCUAGUCUGACUUCAGCUGUCAAGCUUGGAAAAGGCUGGAGGAAACUAGCUGAAAAGUUAGUACGACUCACAAAGCGACAAAUGGAGGCAUAUGAAAUUCCUCACCAAGGAAAAGCUGGAGAUGUUGCUGUAGAGUUGAUGUGGAAACCUGCCUGUGAUUUUCUCUAUACUUGGAGUGCUCACUGCGGAAAUAGUUACAGAGAUGUGUUACAAGACCUUCAAUCAGCUUUGGACAGAAUGAAAAACCCUGUGACCAAACAAAGGCGAGACUUAACUGGAGCUUUAAUACUAGUAAAUUCUUUAGAGGUUUUGAGAGCAACUGCAUUCUCCACUUCUGAGGAAGUAUAG